UUUUAUUCGACCCCUUGUGACAUUCUUUGGGAGACUGCCUGCCGUUUCAUUAAGGAAUCAACUGCAGAAGAUCCUCGGGGGUUUUUUCUUCUUCUUCACCAGAAUCUUCGCCGGGACUCCUCCAACUUCUGCGUGAUUCACUGUCGCAACCGUUACCAGCAGAUAGUAUCAGUGGAUCAAGCAUAGUAUCUGAUCAUGGAAACUCCUGUUGAUGAUCCGAUUAAGGACGAACAUGAAAGCCCUAGGUGGAAGAAUUCAACAGUGGUUUUUGUGUUGGGUGGUCCUGGAAGUGGAAAAGGUACUCAGUGUGCUAAUGUUGUCCAGCACUUUAGGUAUACCCAUUUCAGUGCUGGUGAUCUUCUCAGAGCAGAGAUUAGGUCUGGUUCUGAAUUUGGAGCCAUGAUCCAAAGCACGAUUGCGGAAGGGAGAAUUGUGCCUUCUGAGAUCACAGUGAGACUUUUGUGUAAAGCUAUGAAGGAAAGUGGUAAUGAUAAGUUUCUCAUUGAUGGUUUCCCUCGCAAUGAAGAAAACCGGAUCGUAUUCGAAAAUGUUGCUAAAAUUGAGCCUGCUUUUGUUCUGUUCUUUGAUUGUCCUGAAGAAGAAUUAGAGAAACGAAUCAUGAACAGGAACCAGGGAAGAGAAGACGAUAACAUUGAGACGAUAAAGAAGCGAUUUAAAGUGUUUGUGGAAUCUACCCUCCCCAUUGUUAGCUACUAUGAAUCUAAAGGGAAACUUCGGAAGAUCAAUGGUGCAAAAUCGAGUGAAGAGGUUUUCGAGGAAGUCAAAGAUCAUCACAUACUAGGUAUCGCCGAACAACACAAAACAGAGACUUCCAUCCGAGUCCACUUGCCUUGUCGUAUACGUAAUUAGGUUUACGAAUUAUUGCUUCUGUAAAUGCAAGUACAUCUCUACUUUCCACAUGUUCCCAUUAUGAUGUAGCCACUUUUUCGUCGUAAUAAUCACAUUUUAGUUAGGAACUUGUUAGGCUAGACUUAGUAAUCAAGUUUCCUAAUCCGCAAAGUGACCUGGCUAUAAGUCAAUUGAUAAUAUGUACGAAGACUUGUAAUUAUGAUAUUGUUAAUAAAUUGGAUUAGUACGUAGUUACAUGCUUAGAGAGCAACAUAUUAACAAACUUGUCGUCGGCCAUUAUCAAAGAUUUUAAAUAUAUCGCCAUAUUCAAUGACGACCAUCCAUUUCACCAAGAUUAGUAUAGUACUUAAUACAUGCAUUAAGCCAUAUAACUUGCGUAUAUGUAUAAACCUCAAAGAGAGCUUUUGGUUCGUUCUUCAAUCGCUACUACGUAAACACUUUUUUUUUUUUUUGCUUUCAUCGGAAUGAUGUUUGCUCAAUCUGCUUUUAGAUUCUGCAAAUUCAUCACCGUUUCCAUAUUCGUCGUCUUCUCUCUCCGUCUCUUCUUAAGAUUCGCCACUUUCCUCGUCACCCGUCCAUGGCGUCGCCACCGCACAUUCACGUUCCGCCGCAGCUUGGGAAUAACGGCGGCGGAGGAUAAAUGGUCUCCGCCGUAUUGCGCCGUGUGUCUGCAAGAGGCAGAGGAAGGAGAUAAGAUGAGGCGUUUGACGAUAUGUCGUCACUGUUUCCACGCGGAUUGUAUCGAUCCAUGGCUUUGUGAAACGUCGACGUGUCCGUUGUGUAGAGCUGAGAUUCCGCUUUUACCGCCGGUGAAUCCUCUGCUCUUACUGUUUGUUUCCGCUGGUAUAAUCGAUUUGUUCACCAACAAAUAAUUCUGAUCAGAAUUUACCGUCUCGACGCGUGGCAUUCUUGAUUAACAUAAUUAAUUAUUUUUUUUUGUAAUUUUCUAGUGAAUAUUUAUUUUUGUUAGGAGACCUCAUCAGACGUGUCAGGGUUUCGUACAUGUUUUCCUUUGAUACUAUUGUGCCUAACUCCGAUACGACCAAAAGGAAAGUUAAAUAAAAUCCUAAUUUUCCAAAUGCUUUUUAAUCAUUUUCAAAAAUUACAGUUCUUUUAUAAUGUUUCGCUGUCUAUUACGUAAACUUGAAUCUUCUAAGACUCAAUGGCAUACUAAUAAUACGUACGAACAUACACCCAAUUUACAUUCAAUUAAUACUCUCCCGUAUAGUCAUUCCAUAUUUACUUUAAUUAUUUUGAUUUUCUUAACAGCACGUAAAAAUAUAUAAUUGUUCAAAAAAAUGUAACAAUAUACAAACAUUUACGUGUGUAAAGCAUAGAUUUACAAGAUAAAAUGUAGCUUCCCUAUCAUGCGUACCGUGUACGUAUUAUUAUCUUUUUCAAAAUGUCGUUUAACCCUAUCGAUCAUCAUCAUGUCAC